AUGGCGUGGCGCAACCAAGGCAUCACCGGUUCCAACAACAUCCCCCUAGGGCGCCGUCGCUUCGCAGGUGAGGAAGAGGAGGAGAGUCGUACUGCCUCACCUUCCUCUGUUCCUGAUGGUGCGAAGCGUGGGCGCAGUCCCGUUCGAGGUGAGUAUCUUUCCAUGACGCGCAAGACCGUCGCAUUCACUAAUCAAUUAUUUUCACCAUUAGCUGAACCUGCCGAAGAUGGAGUGAAGCGUCGCAAGAAGCGCAACCGCUGGGGCGAUCAGCAGGAGAACAAAGCCGCUGGUCUGAUGGGCUUGCCCACGAUGAUCAUGGCCAACUUCACUAGCGAGCAGCUCGAAGCGUACACUUUGCACUUGCGUAUCGAGGAGAUCAGCCAGAAGCUGCGGAUCAACGAUGUGGUUCCUGCUGACGGUGAUCGAUCUCCCUCGCCGCCGCCACAGUACGACAACUUUGGUCGCCGUGUAAACACUCGCGAGUAUCGCUAUCGAAAGCGCCUGGAGGAUGAGCGCCACAAGUUGAUCGAAAAGGCCAUGAAGACCAUCCCCAACUACCAUCCGCCAUCUGACUACAGACGCCCGACUAAGACCCAAGAGAAGGUCUACGUCCCAGUGAAUGACUAUCCAGAGAUUAACUUCAUUGGCUUACUCAUAGGACCUCGUGGCAAUACCCUGAAGAAGAUGGAGACAGAGUCCGGAGCCAAGAUUGCCAUUCGUGGCAAGGGCUCCGUAAAGGAGGGCAAGGGCCGAUCUGACGCCGCUCACGCUAGCAACCAGGAAGAAGAUCUUCACUGCUUGAUCAUGGCAGAUACCGAGGAAAAAGUGAACAAAGCCAAGAAGCUCGUUCAUAAUGUCAUUGAGACUCGUAAUCAACUUCGUGAACUUGCUGCCCUCAACGGUACACUCCGUGACGACGAGAAUCAAGCUUGCCAGAACUGUGGUCAAAUUGGUCAUCGUAAAUACGACUGUCCCGAACAGCGCAACUUCACAGCCAAUAUCAUUUGCCGAGUCUGUGGCAAUGCAGGCCACAUGGCUCGUGACUGUCCCGACCGACAGAGGGGAAGUGAUUGGCGUAAUAGCGGUGGAUAUGGCAGUGCUCAGCGAAAUCCCCGUGCCCUUGGCACUGGCGAUGCUGUGGAUCGCGAAAUGGAGCAACUUAUGAACGAACUCUCCGGCGGCGCUCCUGGUGAACAUCCACCUCGCCGCAUCGAAGCUGGUCCUGAUCAAGGCGCACCCGCACCUGAUGAUCGUGACGCCAAGCCGUGGCAGCGUGGCCCCCCUGCCAGUGAUGUCGCGCCGUGGCAGCAGCGCCGUGAACACCGUCCCCGUGACGAUUACGGCUCUCGCGAUCACGGCUCUCGCGAUCACGGCUCCCGCGAUCACAGUGGUCCCGCACCCUGGGCUACCCAGAAUCGCGGUGCAAACGACUAUGGCUAUGGCUCUCACAGUGGAUAUGCCGCGCCUGGCGCUUCUGCGGGCGCUGCUCCUUGGCAGCAACAGCAACAGCCUCCCGCUGGUGGACCUUCUGCUGCCGUACCUGCUGUACCUGGCUACGGCUAUGGAGCUUACGCAGGCUAUGCUUAUCCCCCAGGCAUGACAGCAGCUCCAGGAAUGGGAGCACCUCCUCCUCCUCCCGGCAUGCCUCCAAUGGGUGGCUAUGCCGCUACUGGCAACCCCCCUCCACCUCCUCCUCCCGGUGAUGGCCCUCCUCCUCCACCCCCUAGUGACCUGCCUCCCCCACCUCCUCCCCCAGCGUGA